CUUCAUGACGCCAGCGUCAGGAGCUCGUGACGUCACUCCCUUGUAAAUUAGAGGUCCGCCCUCAGUUUGACUCCAGAAAUGUUUUAGUUUGCUCUCUUCUCUCACACGGUCGGUGGUUUUUGGCUUGCCACACAAUGCCCGGUCUUUGCGGAGCUUCAGUCCUUGUUUUUACUUUCAUUCUCCACGGUAUUACAGCCGCAGAGGCGCAGGCGACGACCCCUUCUCCAGCUCCGGUCCCUUGUGCUUUCAGGUCCAACACCAGUUGUUCAGAGUGCCUGCAGAAUGUGACUUGUUUAUGGUGCAUCCCAACCCAACAAUGCAUAGACUACCCAGUGAGGGACAUCCUGCCCGACAAAAGUGUCUGUCCUUUGUCUGAUGCACGAUGGGGACUUUGCUGGGUAAACUUCCAGAUUUUGAUCAUCGCCAUGUCCGUGCUAGGUGGCAUCCUCCUAAUUGCCCUUAUUGUUUUUCUCCUUUUCUGCUGCAAGUGUGAAAGAAUUGGAAACAAGAGAGAAGAUGCAAAGGCGGAGCGACAAGCCCGUGCGAGGAAGGCCCGUCAGAAAGUAAGGAGAACAGAAAUGCAGAUGAGGCAUGAUGAAAUCCGGCAGAAAUAUGGCCUGGCAACGGAUAACCCAUACUCUCGUAUGGACAAUCAUUAAGAAGAACCUCAGCAAUGUUUUCUUUAAAAAAAUCCAUUAAAAUGAUCUUACUGA